CCCCUCCCUUACGGAUGUUGGGGAACACGGAAUGAUCCUUAGAGAAAGACGCCAGGGCAGGAGGUUCCUGUAAAGGUUUCUUUUCCAUUUUUGGGGGGGUGGAUCAUUUUUUGUCCCUGAGACGGUGUAAAAAUGGGAGAUUUUGGAAGCUCCUAUCUUGAAGAACCUGGGCAGCUGCGGUAAGGCAACCACGGCAUAUGCAGAUCUAUGGAUAAUGGUUCUCCUGCUGAUGCUCUAAUUUAUCACUCUUCUUCUCAGCCAGCCAUGUGACUGAGGAGAGGUUGAAAAUUCUCCUGUCAUUGAACAAGUUCCAAUCAUCCUUUAUCAUCUCAAAUGCAUUUUUUUAUGCAUGGGGCACAUUUGUAAUUAAGAGCUGCAGGAUGAAAAGAUGGCACAGUCAGUGCUGGUACCACCAGGACCUGACAGCUUCAACUUUUUUACGAAAGAGUCACUGGCAGCUAUUGAACAACGCAUUGCCGAGGAAAAGGCGAAGAAGUCCAAGCAAGAACGCAAAGACGUUGAUGAUGAUGAAAAUGGACCAAAACCGAAUAGCGAUUUGGAAGCUGGCAAAUCCCUGCCCUUUAUAUAUGGAGACAUACCUCCGGGAAUGGUGUCUGAGCCAUUGGAGGACCUGGACCCAUAUUACGUUAACAAAAAAACAUUUAUAGUAUUGAAUAGAGGGAAGGCAAUUUUCCGAUUCAGUGCCACGUCUGCUGUGUACCUGUUAACUCCUUUCAACCCUCUUAGAAAAAUAGCUAUCAAGAUUUUGGUACAUUCAUUAUUCAGCAUGCUUAUUAUGUGCACUAUUUUAACCAACUGUGUAUUUAUGACCAUGAGUAAUCCUCCAGAAUGGACGAAGAAUGUAGAAUACACGUUCACUGGGAUUUAUACCUUUGAAUCACUAAUAAAAAUUCUUGCAAGGGGCUUCUGUUUAGAAAAUUUCACUUUCCUCCGGGAUCCCUGGAAUUGGUUGGACUUCACAGUUAUAACAUUCGCGUAUGUAACAGAAUUUGUAAACCUAGGCAAUGUUUCAGCUCUUCGAACUUUCAGAGUAUUGAGAGCUUUGAAAACUAUUUCUGUAAUUCCAGGCCUGAAGACAAUUGUAGGGGCCCUCAUUCAAUCUGUGAAGAAGCUCUCAGAUGUCAUGAUCUUGACCGUGUUUUGUUUGAGUGUAUUUGCACUAAUAGGGCUCCAACUUUUCAUGGGGAACCUGAGGCAUAAAUGCCUGCUUUGGCCACCGGACAAUUCUACUUAUACAAUAAACGUCGUUUCCUAUUUCAAUAGCUCAAUGGGAGAAAACGGUACCUUUGUAAAUACGACAGUGACCACUUUUAACUGGGAAGAAUAUGUCCGUGAUGACAGUCACUUUUACUUCUUGGAAGGACAAAAUGAUGCUUUGCUGUGUGGCAAUGGUUCAGAUGCAGGUCAAUGUCCAGAAGGAUAUAUGUGUGUAAAAGCUGGUAGAAACCCCAACUAUGGCUAUACAAGUUUUGAUACCUUCAGCUGGGCCUUCUUGUCACUAUUUCGGCUGAUGACUCAGGACUUCUGGGAAAAUCUUUACCAACUGACUCUACGUGCUGCUGGCAAAACGUACAUGAUCUUUUUUGUCCUGGUGAUUUUCUUGGGUUCUUUCUACCUGAUCAACUUGAUCCUGGCUGUUCCAUGGAAGAAGCUGAGCAGAAAGAGGCAGAGUUCCAGCAGAUGCUGGAACAGCUGAAAAAACAGCAAGAAGAGGCUCAGGCAGCAGCUUUAGCCGCCGCCGCUGGUGAAUCGAGAGAAUUUAGUGAAAUUGGUGGUGUAGGUGGGUUCUCAGAGAGCUCUUCAGCAACAUCAAAGUUGAGUUCCAAGAGUGCUAAGGAGAGGAAGAACAGACGGAAAAAGAGAAAACAGAGAGAACAGUCUGAAGGAGAUGAAAAAGACGAUGAAUUUCACAAAUCAGAAUCAGAGGACAGCAUCCGCAGAAAAGGCUUUCGGUUCUCUAUUGAAGGGAACAGAUUAACCUAUGAAAAAAGAUUUUCUUCCCCACACCAGUCUUUGCUGAGCAUCCGCGGAUCGCUGUUUUCCCCCAGGCGCAGCAGCAAAACGAGCCUCUUCAGCUUCAGAGGCCGAGCAAAGGAUUUUGGAUCGGAGAAUGAUUUUGCUGACGAUGAGCACAGCACUUUUGAAGACAACGAGAGUAGGAGAGAUUCCCUCUUUGUUCCUCACCGGCACAGUGAGCGUCGCAACAGUACCAUCAGUCAGGCCAGCCGAUCAUCUAGGGUGAUGCCUAUCCUUCCAGCAAAUGGGAAGAUGCACAGCACUGUGGACUGCAAUGGGGUGGUUUCCUUAGUUGGUGGGCCUCCUCCUCUUAUGUCACCCACUGGGCAGCUUCUUCCUGAGGGUACCACCACAGAAACAGAACUAAGAAAAAGACGCUCCAGUUCCUACCACAUGUCAAUGGAUUUUCUCUCAGAUCCUACUGCAAGGCAAAGAGCAAUGAGUAUAGCUAGCAUACUUACCAACACAAUGGAAGCUCAAAAUAAUUGCCAAGGAUCCUUAUUAUUAUUUCCAAGAAGGCUGGAAUAUUUUCGAUGGCAUCAUAGUCAGCCUGAGCUUGAUGGAGUUGGGUCUUGCAAAUGUGGAAGGGUUGUCUGUUCUAAGAUCCUUCAGAUUGCUGCGAGUUUUCAAACUGGCAAAAUCUUGGCCAACAUUAAACAUGUUAAUAAAGAUUAUUGGCAAUUCAGUUGGUGCCUUGGGAAAUUUGACUUUGGUUUUGGCUAUCAUUGUCUUCAUUUUUGCUGUGGUUGGAAUGCAGUUGUUUGGCAAAAACUACAAGGAAUGUGUCUGCAAGAUUUCCAAUGACUGUGAACUCCCACGCUGGCACAUGAAUGAUUUUUUUCAUUCUUUCUUGAUUGUCUUUCGAGUUCUUUGUGGAGAAUGGAUAGAGACUAUGUGGGAUUGUAUGGAGGUUGCUGGACAACCCAUGUGCCUUACUGUCUUCAUGAUGGUCAUGGUGAUUGGCAAUUUAGUGGUUUUGAAUCUUUUUCUGGCCUUGCUCCUGAGCUCCUUCAGUUCAGACAAUCUUGCUGCUACAGAUGAUGAUAAUGAAAUGAACAACCUCCAAAUUGCAGUGGCUAGGAUUCAGAAAGGAAUAGAUUUUAUAAAAAGAAAAGCUCAUGAAUGUGUAGAAAAGGCGUUUGUGAGAAAACAAAAGGCUUUGGAUGAAAUCAAGCCCCUUGAAGAUCUAAACAAUAAGAAAGACAGUUGCAUUUCUAAUCAUGUGAUAGUAGAUAUUGCCAAAGAUUUUAACUAUCUGAAAGAUGGCAAUGGGACUACCAGCGGCAUAGGAAGCAGCGUGGAAAAGUACAUCAUUGAUGAAAGUGAUUACAUGUCAUUCAUAAAUAACCCAAGUGUAACUGUGACAGUACCCAUUGCUGUUGGAGAAUCAGAUUUUGAAAAUUUAAAUACGGAGGAGUUUAGCAGUGAGUCAGAUCUGGAAGAAAGUAAAGAGAAACUAAAUGCAUCUAGUUCAUCUGAAGGUAGUACAGUUGAUGUUGGACUUCCCCCAAUUGGAGAACAACCUGAAGCUGAACCUGAAGAAUCUCUUGAACCAGAAGCCUGUUUUACAGAAGGCUGCAUCCGGAAAUUCAAGUGCUGCCAAGUCAGUUUAGAAGAUGGGAAAGGAAAACUGUGGUGGAAUCUUCGGAAGACUUGUUACAAAAUCGUAGAACAUAAUUGGUUUGAGACUUUUAUUGUCUUCAUGAUUCUCCUUAGCAGUGGUGCUCUGGCUUUCGAAGACAUAUACAUUGAGCAGCGCAAGACUAUCAAGACAGUCCUGGAAUACGCAGACAAGGUCUUCACCUACAUCUUCAUUUUAGAAAUGCUUCUGAAGUGGGUGGCUUAUGGCUUUCAAGCCUAUUUCACCAAUGCCUGGUGCUGGCUAGAUUUCCUCAUUGUUGAUGUCUCUAUCGUUAGCUUAACAGCGAAUGCCUUGGGCUACUCUGAACUUGGUGCAAUUAAAUCUCUUAGGACUUUAAGAGCUUUAAGACCUCUAAGAGCCUUGUCACGGUUCGAAGGAAUGAGGGUAGUGGUGAAUGCUCUCUUGGGAGCAAUUCCAUCUAUCAUGAAUGUGCUCCUUGUAUGUCUUAUAUUCUGGCUAAUCUUUAGCAUUAUGGGAGUGAAUCUGUUCGCUGGCAAGUUCUACCACUGUGUUAACACCACAACUGGGGAAAUGUUCAGCAUUGAUGAAGUUGACAAUCAGACUGAAUGUGAGAAUCUCAUCGAAAGAAAUGAAACAGCUAGAUGGAAAAAUGUAAAAGUCAAUUUCGAUAAUGUGGGACUUGGCUACCUCUCUCUGCUUCAAGUAGCCACCUUCAAAGGCUGGAUGGACAUCAUGUACGCAGCUGUAGAUUCACGAAAUGUGGAACAGCAGCCACAUUACGAGGAUAACCUUUAUAUGUAUCUUUAUUUUGUCAUCUUUAUUAUCUUUGGAUCCUUCUUCACUUUGAAUUUAUUUAUUGGUGUCAUCAUAGAUAACUUCAAUCAGCAAAAAAAGAAGUUUGGAGGUCAAGACAUCUUUAUGACAGAAGAACAGAAAAAAUACUAUAAUGCAAUGAAAAAACUGGGCUCCAAGAAACCACAGAAACCUAUACCAAGGCCAGCAAACAAAUUUCAAGGCAUGGUCUUUGAUUUUGUAACAAAACAAGCCUUCGACAUCAGCAUCAUGAUUCUUAUCUGCCUUAACAUGGUUACCAUGAUGGUAGAAACUGAUGACCAAACCGAUGCAAUGGAAACUAUUUUGUAUCGGAUUAAUUUUAUCUUCAUUGUCCUUUUCACUGGAGAAUGUGUCUUGAAACUGAUUUCACUCCGCUAUUAUUAUUUUACAAUAGGCUGGAAUAUUUUUGAUUUUGUGGUUGUCAUCUUAUCUAUUGUAGGUAUGUUCCUCGCAGAGAUUAUUGAGAAAUAUUUUGUGUCCCCUACCUUGUUCCGAGUAAUUCGACUUGCCAGGAUAGGUCGAAUCCUGCGUCUAAUCAAGGGGGCAAAGGGGAUCCGCACUCUGCUUUUUGCCUUGAUGAUGUCUCUCCCUGCCUUGUUCAACAUUGGUCUCCUGCUUUUCCUGGUCAUGUUCAUCUAUGCCAUAUUUGGAAUGUCCAACUUUGCCUAUGUGAAGAGAGAAGUUGGUAUUGAUGACUUGUUCAAUUUUGAAACUUUUGGCAACAGCAUGCUUUGUCUUUUCCAAAUUACCACCUCUGCUGGCUGGGAUGGCUUGCUAGCGCCCAUUCUAAACAGCGGGCCUCCAGAUUGUGACCCUGAGAUAGACCAUCCGGGUAGCUCAGUCAAGGGAGACUGUGGCAAUCCUUCGGUUGGGAUUUUCUUCUUUGUCAGCUACAUUAUCAUCUCAUUUUUAGUUGUAGUGAACAUGUACAUUGCUGUCAUUUUGGAGAACUUCAGUGUGGCUACCGAAGAAAGUGCUGAACCUCUGAGCGAGGAUGAUUUUGAGAUGUUCUAUGAAGUCUGGGAAAAGUUCGAUCCAGAUGCAACCCAGUUCAUAGAAUUUGCCAAACUCUCUGAUUUUGCAGCCUCUUUGGAUCCUCCUCUUCUAAUACCAAAACCAAACAAAGUUCAGCUUAUUGCGAUGGACCUGCCCAUGGUGAGUGGCGAUAGAAUCCACUGCCUUGACAUCUUAUUUGCUUUCACCAAACGUGUCUUGGGUGAAAGCGAUGAAAUGGACGCCCUCCGAGUGCAAAUGGAAGACCGGUUUAUGGCUGCCAACCCUUCCAAAGCCUCUUAUGAACCAAUUACCACCACAUUGAAACGAAAACAAGAGGAAGUAUCCGCUGUUAUUAUUCAGCGAGCCUUUAGGUGCUACCUCUUAAGGCUAAAAGUUAAAAAAGUUUCCUGCAUGUUUAAUAAAGAUAGAAUUAAAGAAGGCACAGUUAUCAAAGAAGAUAUGAUCAUUGAUAAGCUAAAUGACAAUUCUACCCCUGAAAAAAACGAUAUGACCCCCUCCACCACCUCUCCACCUUCCUACGAUAGCGUUACAAAGCCCGACAAAGAUAAAUAUGAGAAAGACAAAUCAGAAAAAGAAGAUAGAGGUAAAGAUGUCAGGGACUAUAAAAAAUAAAUGAAUUAUACCUGUAUGACAAAUUGUUUACAGCUUGAGAAAGUAAAGUAUUAUUUCAAAAGGACUCCUGUAGGAGGUUUAUGCCAAACUGACUGUUUUUGCACACUUAAACAGACAUACACACAUAAAAAUAUCUAUAAAUAUAUAUGUAUGUAUAUAUAUAUAUGUAUAUAUAUAUACAUACAAAUGUUAGCUAUAUACUUAAGGUCAGUGCCUAUUAACAAGAUAGUGACCCCUUGUCAAUUCAAAUGCUGCUCUGUAAAACAGGGAUGGCACUUUUGACAGGCGUCUCCUGUUGGCAUUCCCAGCUGACACUGCUGAAGAGGAAAAGAAAAAUGGCUAUCCAGACUGUAG